GAAUAAUAGCUUUCACUUGAACGUGUUGAAUAUUCCUGUUCGAAGUUUCAUAGUUAGUGUGAAAUAGGAAGAAAUAUAUUUGUAGCGUUCUGUGAAGCAAUCUAACGCGUUCACCGGUGUCUAAGAGUUUUUUCAGAUUUUCCGAUUUUCGCCAUUCGAUUUUCGUCGAUUUUUUUUUUUCAGCGUUUGCCAAUUUCCGGCUGGUAUAUUUAUUCAUUCAUGCAAAUAAUCCUUCAUAUAAAUAUAUACAUUCAUUUUGCAACCAGUCGACGAAAACCGGGUAAUCUGAAAAGGCUCUAAUAUUACUACUUUAUUUUACUCAAACAAUUGAGAAACGAAAACAUUAAGUAAAAUUAUACUAUGGAUAAAGUGGAAAGUUCGAUACCAGGACUCGGACCACUUCCUGGGAGAAAUGACCGAUCGAAAACUGCAUAUAAUUUCCUCGAAGGAAGAAGGCAAGUAGACGGCGCGGAAGACCUCUGGAGAGUCAGAAACAAUUUGUACGAUUUGGAAGGUUUUGCCAGAAUUCAUCCAGGAGGAGAAGAAUGGAUCCGCCUCACCAAAGGCACUGAUAUUACAGAGAUUUUCGAAUCGCAUCAUUUGACGGACAAGGCUAGUAAUAUGCUCCCUAAGUAUUUCGUGAAGGAGGCAGUUACACCACGAUCGGUGCCAUUAACGUUCGAACCGAAUGGAUUUUUCUGCACUUUCAAGAAACGAGCGGUGGAAGCGUUGAAAAACGUCGAUUUUCAUCGGCCAUCGAAGAAGACGAAUCUCAUUGCUGAUCUUCUCGUUAUGACAGCUAUCACUCUCAGUCUCACAGCAGUUUCCAAGCAAUCUUAUCUGAUCAUCGUUUUCGCUGGGAUUUUCCACGCGUGGACCACAAUAAUUGCUCACAAUUACUUUCACAUGAGGGAUAAUUUCCGAAUGUACUAUUUUGAUCUGAGUACAAUGUCCUCAAAGGACUGGCGGGUAACGCACGUGAUGAGCCAUCACACUUAUCCAAAUACCCUUUGGGAUUUUGAAAUUUAUACGGCUGAACCUUUCCUUCAGUGGCUACCAGACAAAAGGAAAACCAUGUUUAACAGUUUCCUGAGUCAACUGAUAAGCCCUGUAUUCUGGGCUUUUAUGUUUUUCGAGCAAGGAGUGAGAAGAUAUUACUCGGUAUUUUUUCAAUAUAGGAAAUUCGAAUUCCGGGACGCUAUACCUUUCUUCCUUCCACUAACGAUGGUAUUCUUUGCUCCGAACUAUUUAACAGCUUUGAAAUUCUGGUUUUUAAUCAUUAUGGCCAGCAGUUUUACAUUUUCUAUGAUUGGUUUUAAUGCGGCGCAUCAUCAUCCCGAUAUUUUCCACGAUGGUGAUGUAUACAGGGACGAUCUUGAUUGGGGUUUGUUGGAAAUGGACGCGGUGAGAGAACGUAAAGUGAUCGACGAUUCCAAUUUUUUGGUGUUGACCAAUUUCGGUUUACACGGUCUGCACCAUCUAUUACCAACUGUCGAUCAUUCUUAUUUACCUUUAUGUGUAAAAGCGUUCGAAGAUACUUGUAAGGAAUUUGGAAUCAGCACAGAUAAGUUUACCCAGUGGGAGCUGGUUAAAGGACAAUUUCAGCAGUUGUCGCGUAAAGAAAUUAAAAAGAAUUACAGAUAAAUAUAUAAAUAAAUAGAACGAAGCAGCAAUUACGUUUAAAGCAACGAUCGAUGCAAGUAUUGAAGAUGAUUUAGGUGUAGAUGUAGUUUUCUGGAAUUUCCUUACUUGUUUUGAGUUAUGUGAAAUAAAAAUAAGACUGACGGGUUCAGAAAAAAAUGCAGCUGUUAAAAAGGAAUAUGAAAUAUUAUGUUAUAUUUAACAGAUUAUAAUAUACCAAAUAUGCAUACAUAAUUCUUAAUGAAAUAUUAUGAAAAUUCAAUAAAAGAAGAAUUUGAUCGAA